GAGUGAAUGCCAUUUGUUCCAAACAAGGAAUUUCGUAGAAAUUUUACAGAUGGUCAAUAGUUACCUCAGUAGGCUACGUCUGGCUGCACCAUAAGCCUAACCACACGCUAGGCUUUAUAAGCUACACCCGCGAGAGGAGGCAGCACGCUUACACACUUGCUGGCCGGAGAGAGAAGAGAGAGCUUGCUAGGCAUGGAGAGCUUACUGCCCCUCGUGCUGGCAGGGUCGUGCACCCUCGCCGCGGCGGUGCUGCUCUGCAUUAGCGCCGCCGCCGCCGCGUGGCUGCAGCGGCCGCGGCGCGUCGCCGAGGCCUUCCGGCGGCAGGGGAUCGACGGGCCGCCGCCGUCGUCGUUCCUGUCGGGGAACCUCCCCGAGAUGCAGGCGAGGGUGGCCGCGGCGGCGACGGAGGCGGAGGCCGGCGGCCGGGACUUCGUCAAGGACGGCUUCGACGACUACUGCAAGAGGAUCUUCCCCUACUUCGAAAAGUGGAGGAAAGCCUACGGCGAGACGUACCUGUACUGGCUGCGCCGGCGGCCGGCGCUGUACGUGUCGGACCCGGAGCUGAUCCGCGAGAUCGGGCGGUGCGUGUCGCUGGACAUGGGCAAGCCCACCUACCUGCAGAAGGGCCAGGAGCCCCUGUUCGGCCGCGGCGUCCUCAAGGCCAACGGCGCCGACUGGCAUCGCCAGCGAAAGCUCAUCGCCCCCGAGUUCUACAUGGCCAAGGUCAAGGGCAUGGUGGAGCUGAUGGUGGACGCGGCGCAUCCUCUGCUGCGGUCGUGGGAGGGCAAGGUCGCCGGCGCGCCGGGCGGGGUCGCGGUGGUCGACGUCGACGAAGACAUCCGGAGCUUCUCCUUCGACGUCAUCUCCAGGGCGUGCUUCGGGGGCGACUACUCGAGAGGGAGGGAGAUCUUUCUCCGGCUGAGGGCGCUCUCGGGCCUCAUGUCCGAGACCAGCGUCAUCUUCACCAUCCCGUCCCUCGGGUACCUGCCGACGGAGAAGAACCGGAGGAUCUGGAGGCUCACGCAGGAGAUCCGGUCGCUGAUCCUGCAGCUGGCGAGCGAGCGCAGGGCUUGCAAGGCGGAGCCGGGCCAGGACUUCCUGGGCUCCGUCAUCGAGAACAGCCGGGUCCAGCCGCGGGCGGACGACUUCGUGGUGGACAACUGCAAGAACAUUUACUUCGCGGGCCACGAGACGAGCGCGGUCACCGCGACCUGGUGCCUCAUGCUCCUCGCCGCGCACCCGGAGUGGCAGGACCGCGCGCGCGCCGAGGUGCUCGAGGUCUGCGGCGACGCCGCGCCGGACUUCGACGCGAUCGCCAUGAUGAAGACGGUGCACAUGGUGGUGCUGGAGACGCUGCGGCUGUUCCCGCCGUCGUCGUUCGUGGUGCGGGAGACGUUCCGCGACAUGGAGCUCGGGAGGCUGCGCGCGCCCAAGGGCACCUACCUGUUUGUUCCCGUCUCCACCAUGCACCACGACGCGGCCGCAUGGGGCCCGACGGCGCGCCGGUUCGACCCGGGCCGGUUCCGGGACGGCGUGGCGACCGCGUGCAAGCACCCGCAGGCGUUCAUGCCGUUCGGGCUCGGCGCGCGCACCUGCCUCGGCCAGAACCUCGCGCUCGUCGAGGUCAAGGCGCUCGUCGCCGUCGUGCUCUCGCGGUUCGCGCUCGCGCUGUCGCCGGACUACAGGCACGCCCCCGCGUUCCGGUUCAUCAUCGAACCGGAGUUCGGGCUGCGCCUCCUCGUCCGCCGCCUGGGCCAGGACGGCCACUGAAUCGUGUUCGGAGUUGCGUUUUGUAAAGACGUACGCUAGAUAGCACAUGAAAAUCAAGGAGAAUGGAUGGAACACGACAACACCGAUGAACACCCAAACAACAAUACGAUGAUACGUAUAUGAAGGAUAAUAAUACCGAAGCACUUGUCAGUGCUACAUGAAUUGACGCCUGCAUGCGUUUCAGAGUGUAUUUAGCAUUUAGUUUCAGCUCUUUAUUUCUAUUUUUUAGAGCAAUCAGUUGUUUAUAUAGUUUCAGUGCGUAUGGAAUGAAAAUGACACGAGUUGACGGUGGAUUCA